GUAACAGGGCAUCGUGCUCUAGGAAAGCUCCUGGAUUUCCGAGGAAGUGAGUUGUAGCGAAAAGGGGGAGCCAAAAAGAUUUCAGGUCCUGUGAUCCCAAACUUUCUGCAUGGAGGAUGCUGACUUCCCCUGACCCACAAAGAUUUUCCUGAGCCUUGUGAUCCACAGGGUGAUCUGCAAAGUUGUGGCUUUCCAUUCAUAGCCAAGGGGGCUUUCUCCACCUGGCUGGACUCAUCCGCUUUGACCAUGGGAGUCCACAGCCUUGACCAGCAGCAGCUUUUGUGACAGCAAGGGGUGCUGGGUCACCAUGCUGCAGCAGUCCUAAGGACAAGGAGCGGGUGACAUUUCCGUGCAAGGUAGACCCUGGCGGGGGUGAGGAAGCCAUGCCCUGCCAACGUCGCCUGCAGGCAUCCAGCGACACCCCUCGAGAGGACCUCUAUUACCAAACCUAUUACAGCUUGAGCCAGCAGUAUCCCCUGAUCCUUCUCCUCCUGGUCAUCGUGCUGGGCAUCUGUGUGUCUCUCACUGCUGCGUCCUUCGCCGAUGGCAGGGAUUUCUCCUCCAACCUGGGUUUUCUGAUUACAUUAUUUGUUUCUCUGACCGUCUUCAGCCUCAUCCUGGUCCUGGUGUGCAUUGAAAGCAUCUUCCAGCAAUGCACCCGGCUCUUCUCUGCCAUCAUCUGGACCUGCCUGAUCACCAUGGGCUACGUCUUUGUCUUCACAGGAGGGGUGGUCAGUGCCUGGGACCAGGUCUCCUUCUUCCUCUUCAUCAUCUUCAUUGUCUACACCAUGUUGCCUGUUGGCAUGAAAGACGCAGUGGCGGCUGGCAUGAUCUCCUCUCUCUCACACAUCAUAGUCCUGACUGUCUACCUCUCAAUGGGGCAUGGCUCACAGAUGGAUUUGGCUGUGCAGCUCUUGGCCAACCUUGUCAUCUUUGUCUGUGGCAACUUGGUGGGUGCUUACCACAAGCACCUGAUGGAGGUGGCCUUGGGAGAGACCUUUCAUGAGACUUUCAACCUCAUCCAGUCCCGAGUCAAGCUGGAGUCAGAAAAGCGGCACCAGGAACAUCUGCUCCUGUCCAUCCUUCCUGCCUACAUUGCCUUGGAGAUGAAGGCUGAGAUCAUUGAGCGGCUGCGGGAUGGAGGCCAGGCACAGCGUCGGCAUGAGAGCGCCAACAAUUUCCAUAACCUCUAUGUCAAACGGCACCAGAACGUCAGCAUCCUGUACGCAGACAUUGUGGGGUUCACACUCUUGGCCAGCGAAUGCUCCCCCAAGGAGCUGGUCCUUAUGCUCAAUGAACUCUUCGGCAAGUUCGAUCAGAUUGCCAAGGAUAACGAGUGCAUGAGGAUCAAGAUCUUGGGCGACUGCUACUACUGCGUCUCUGGGCUGCCUGUGUCACUGCCCAACCAUGCCCGAAACUGCGUCAAGAUGGGCCUUGACAUGUGCCAAGCCAUCAAGAAGCUGCGUGAUGCCACGGGGGUGGACAUCAACAUGAGAGUUGGAGUCCAUUCGGGAAACGUCCUGUGUGGGGUGAUUGGACUCCAGAAAUGGCAAUAUGAUGUGUGGUCAGAUGAUGUGACACUAGCCAACCACAUGGAAGCCGGAGGCGUGCCAGGGAGGGUUCACAUCACAGAGGCCACCUUGUCACACCUGGGCAAAGUGUAUGAAGUGGAAGAAGUGUGUUGCUGGCCACGUGAUUCGUACCUGAGAGAGAACCGCAUCAAAACCUUUCUGGUUGUUGAUCCGAGGGCUGAAGAAGAGAGCUCCAAGAACACCCUUUCACCUGUGCCAGGUGAGGGCGACAAGAUGAGGGCAUCAGUCCGGAUGACACGCUACCUGGAGUCCUGGGGAGCUGCCAAACCCUUUGCCAACCUCAAGCAGCUGGAUGCCCUUCCUACAGAGCCAGCAGGGUUUGUCCGGAACAACCACUCGGAGAUCUCUCUGGGGUCUUUGAACCAGCAGAAGAGCAUGGAGCGGGGCCGUGUCCCCAGGAGCCCGGAUGAAGACCUGGAAGGAGUGGAUGAGAAGUUCUUCCAACUGAUCGAGCAGCUUAACUCACAGAAGCAAUGGAAGAAGUCAGAAGAUCUGAAUCGCAUCACACUGUACUUCAAGGAGCAAUCCCUUGAGAAGGAGUACCGCCUCUCAGCACUCCCAUCUUUUAACUACUACACGGCCUGUACCUUCCUGGUUUUCACCUCCAACUUCAUCAUCCAGAUCCUCGUGGUUUAUAAGACAGAAGCCUUGGGGAUAUCCUAUGGAAUUUCCUUCUUCCUCUUCUUCCUCCUCCUCCUCACCUGCUUUGCUGGUCAACUGGCAAAAUGUUUCCUGAAAGGCCCAAAGGCCUUAUACUGGGUCCCCUCCAUCUCGGCCAAUGUCUGCACCCAGCCGUGGCUACGGGUCUCACUCGGCAUCAUCACCAUCCUGGUAGUCCUCACCAUGGCUGUGCUGAACCUGUUCUUUAUGCCAGAGACCUCCUGCUUUUCAAGACCUCCAAAUUCCACCAUGGCGGGUAUGAACGUCACGCAAGAGUUUGUUCGCUCUGACUCUCUCUUCAGUGUGCCGUAUUACAUCUACUGCUGCAUCUUGGGUUUCCUCUCAUGUUCUCUCUUCCUGCAUAUGAACUUUGAGCUCAAGCUCACCAUGCUGAUGCUCUGCCUCGUCGUGUACAAUGUGCUGUUCCUUCACACCCACUCAUGGCUCUCAGACUGUUAUGUUUCCUGCCUGUACCCCAACCAGACAGCUCUCAGGCCCGGAGUGUUGAAGGAGCCCAAGACGAUGGGUGCAUUCUCGUUCUUUGUCUUCUUCUUCACACUCUUGGCUCUGGCCCGGCAGGUAUCAUUUCUCAUCUUUGAGACUGAGCACAGUGGAAAAAAUAGUGCCUAAGUUGUCGGGUUUGGCCCUGAUGCAUCCUUGCUUUCAACGUUUUCCUGUGACCAGGGAAAGCCUCUGCAAGACAGAUCAGAGGGGCAGAAUUCAGCUCCCUGUGCCACACCCCUGCAGUGAUGUUCAGGUGUGUCAUGUGCAACACAACUGCUCACAUAUUACGCUGGGCUGUGUGAGAUCCCAGAUCUGUCUGCAACUGGUAACAGCAGUGUUGAUGGGUUCCCUUUCCAUCCUUCAUUGGGAUUGUGGUAAGGAAGUUACAGGCCGGUGCUUUCCCUUCUUUGGCAUGGUCCCACUGAAACCCCACUCUUCUGCUCUUAGUAAUUCUGGACAGAUGACAUGGUACCUAAUGCCACAUUUAACUUCAUGGCCAGAUUGGCUGAUUCUCGGCCUGGCAACAUGCAGUGGGAACUGUUUACUGCAACAGAUUAGUAAACAGUUUAAUGAUAUGAAAUGCCUGGAAUGGUAAUGAGGUCAAAUUUCACUUAAGAAGAAAGUAAAUUUGACCUAAUUCCUGCUUUCUUGUGGUUUGCAGAUGAAUUUUGGUGGCAAACUGCAGCCAGUCUGAACUUACUGGCUUUUGUGGUUCAUGUUUGACAUCUAAUCUAUCUAUUCCCUUUAGUUUUUCACCACUCUGUAAUCCUCAUCUCAGAAUUUGAAACUGUGUGUGUGUGUAUUCCAAAUAGAUCAAGUCAACAAGUAGACAUUUUUGGCCUCCCUUUAGGGGGAAUUCUAGAGAACAUCAGCAGAAAUAUGGCCUGUGGCAAGUCAAAAUGUUCCUUGGAUUUGCUGUACAGUUUCCCACUACUGGAUUAAUAGAUCUACACAUGAGAGGCAUGGACUGUGUUGCUGAGACUGACCCUUCCUUUCCUGCCCGAGGAUCCAAAAUGUCAGGCAGGUCAUUACAAUGCAGAUCUUGAAUGGCCAUUCUCAAAUAACAAGACAAUGUGACUCUAAAGCCCUCUAGCAAGUUGGCCAAUAAGCCUCUGCUCAUGUAAAGAGUGAUGAGCUCAAACAAGAAACUUGUCCCCAGUCCUUCCCUUUCAUUGAAGCUGCCAUCAGUCUAGCUCCUGCUGGUGGAAAGGUGAGACCUACGCAAGCCUUCUAACAGGGUAGGUCACCUCUCCUGAAGCCUCAUCAGGAAGUGGGCAACACAGCAGCUCUCCCUGCUCUCCUGGGCCCCACUCACCUCUUCCAAGACAUGUCUGUUCUCAGGAUCAACCUGGGAAACUGCAGGCAUCAACCUUGAUGGAUCUUCAAAGAUUUCUGCCCGUGUGGUCUUCCUGCCCUCCUGUGACCUCUUCCUUGAUGUCCUUCCACUCAGAAUCUGAUAGCACAGGCCCUUAGAAGGUCAGCAAAGAGCGUGCAUCCAGCCCACUCACUACAGUUGCUUUUGUAAUAUUGAUGCCACACUUCAUGCACACAACUUUUGAUACCUUCCAAAUAAAUAAGCAAAACCCAUGGAGCCCUGCCAAAGCUACACCAGAACAGGAGAAGAUGGAGGUCUUUAGAAGGUAUGGGCAACACCCAAACCCAGUGAGAGUCAUACCCUUCUCCUACUGUUGAAAUUGUGGCUGCAGCAGUACCGGUUAGCAGCAGUGAAGAAUCAGUUCUUCAUCUUAACAAUGAGUCAUGCAAAGCUUCCCAGAAAAAGCAGCAUGUUUUUAGCCACAGUGAAUUUGACACAGGAAGUCCUGAGUGGGCUGCAAGAUGCCCACCCCGGCUUCCCAGAAGCCAUGUUUUCCUCCAUCAUGCAAAAAGGUGGGGAGAACCCUGAGGGUAGCUUGAGAUAUUUUUGAGCAGCAGAUGACUUUGAGAGUUUCUCUUUUUUCCUUCUGUCUUUUGAUUUGGCUUUUCCUUCAGCUGUUCACCAAUAGUGGAAGUGGGUUUAGGGGAAAGCAUCUGCCAGGUCUUUAGUUUGGAUUAACCAUUUGACAAAUGCAUAUGUUGGGAAAAUUCAGAUAGAUC